AUGAUACUAUCAACAAUUUUUUUAUUUGUUAUAGUUAUAAAAUGUCUAUCAUUACUUAGUUCUGCUCAACAAAUACCUCAGCAAAAUCCAGUACCAUCAACAAACCAAGAAAAUCUUAAUCCAGGACAAGAAGGUGCUAAAAUUUUCACCGGUCGUGAUAGCAUUUCAGCACAUGUAAACUUAGUACCAUUCGGACCUGAAGCAGGUGAUCAGAAAGUACAUCCAGGAAUGCUUACUUCUGGACAAACAAUUAAUUUGCACAUGUUUUUCCCAUUCUAUGGUGGUUUAUAUAACUAUUCAGUGCUUUCGGUAAAUGGAUACAUUGCAUUUGCAACUGUGUUAGAUCAAGGUCCAACAAUAAACGUUGGUGUAGAAUCAACCAAUUGGCCACAACAACAGGACCCGGCAAUGAUUGCACCAUAUUUAUGCAAACAACAGAUAGUACAAAAUCCAAGUCCAGGACUGAAAACUGGUGUUUAUUAUCGUUUGAUGCUACGACAAUCAUUAUUUGGCCGUGGUAGUAAUAUUAACAUACCAUUUGGUGGUACCAUGGAACAGUCAAGUUUCUUUAGGCAACCAGCUAGUCAAGCUUGUCCAAGUACAUCUGAUUCAUAUGUGCAUUGCGAUCAAAACAGUGAUUAUUUCCUCGACCAAAUGAUGCGAUGGCUUCAAGAAGGAGUUGCUGGUGCAGCAGCAUUUCGUGCAGAUGCAGCAUUUGUAGUUACCUGGUACAAUACAGCAUCCGCUAUUGUUGGUCGUUCUGAUAUUGAUGCUGGUCAGUUAUCUACUUACCAGGCAAUUUGGUUGACUGAUCAGCCUGGUCGAUUAAGUUAUGUUAUUUUGAAUUACGACAAACUUGGAUUUGAUGCUGCUGAUUUCCGGAUGAACUCUAGAAGUGGUCGUUGUCAAGCACUUUUCAAUGGUGGUAAUCAUACUGGUAGCGUACCGGUAGAUCCAACUUUCAUGUACAAAAAUACACCAACAAUAUUGGCACAACGUUCCGGUGUACCACAUAUGGUUCGUGGACGGUACAUGUUUCGUGUCGAUGACGUUGUUCGACCGGCUGGAUGCUCGAAUAAAACUGGUGGUACAUAUCCGAUGUUAAUUUAUCCAAAUAUAGCCAAUAUGUUGGGUGAGACAAGUGUAGAUGUGAAUGCAUUAUGCUUGGAUCGUAGCCAGACGUACGUUUUGAUGAUUGAACAACGCCAAACAGCGUCAUGCACCGUGAUUAAUUCAGCUAUUGCUCGCUGUCAUCUUCCGAAAAUUUAUGAUUGGGGCACGAAAACAGUUUAUUUUCAACCACAGUCCGGAUCUCAUCAAGAAGAUAAAGCAUUCGUCGGAUACAUCUAUUUUGUGCCACCAACGUUAGAUCCAAUGCGUCUAGAUAUCGGCAAUGUAUAUGAAUGGUUUAGAAAUCCGAUAUUAAAAACUGUAAUACCAAUAACAUGGUAUCCGAGAAAUUUUACAAAUCCAGAUCUUGACUACAAAGAUUACAACAUACGAAUAAGCGACAAUCAAUUAUACUCUGUACAACUUGGCUUAUAUGUCAUAGGCUACAGAGAAGCGGCUGAUGAUCAGAUUAAGAAAUUCCGUCCGGAACAUCGAGUUUUGUGCCGAUUAGCAACAUAUACUAAUCGAAAUUCACCUGAUUAUCGCUGGAAACCACAAGAAGAAAAAAUUAAUUUAUAUCAGGUUGAAAAAUGGUAUUUGACAGACUGGGAACGAACAAAUACGCUCUAUUCAUAUCGCUUUGGUUAUCUAAAAUUAGCACCAGUUACUGCCAAUGAAGAUACUUCACAACAUUUAACUCAUUUACCUUCUGGAUUAGUUUCACCACCAAUAUCAAUUCAUUGGUUAUGGACCAUUAAUAACCCACAAUUCGUAUCAUCAACCUAUUCACAACAAGAUGCAGAAAGUAGAAUGCAUUUCGUUUCAACUAAAGCAACUGAAAUAUGCCAUGACUGGUUCGCAGAAGAUGGAGCGCAGUAUAAUUUUAUUCGUGAUACAGAAACUAACGCAUCGUGUCCAUGCGUGGAAAGUCAAGCACGUGUGGAUAUUGGUCGUUUUAUGCCACAUCCUCGUUGCUCUCAGAUAUUUCGUGACAUUACUUGUCAAACGAUGAUUGGUGCAAAAAAUUGCUAUAUGAGUGCUCAAAAUAUUUAUGGUUCAUAUGCUGGUGAAGGUUCGGGAUAUGAAAGCGAAAAAACAGCGCGUUUUCAAACGCAUUAUGGGCAAGUAUGCUGUUACGAUGAAGAGGGCAAAUUAAUGCAAACAUCUUAUCAACCGGUGAUAAAAGUGCCAGGUCUUUCCGUAUUUUAUCACGAUUAUAUGCCGUACUUCUUUUGCUGUAAAUAUGCAAAAUUUCGUUGUCAACUAUUUUACUGGAGGCGGCCAAGUAGCGGAUGCCAACAAUAUCAGCCUCCAGCUGUCGGUGAAGCACUUGGAGCAGUAAGCUUCAAUACUAUUGAUAAUGACAAAUUCAUCUUCAAUGAACCAGGAGUGUUCACAUUUUUGUAUAUCCCAAAAACUGUUACAACACCAGAAGUACGAAUUCAAGUGCGACUGGAGCGCUAUCCAGAUCGUAGAGUUGAUUUCAGCUUACUUGGACGUCAAAUAGGACAAGCAAAUUUAGUGCAACCUACGAAUGCAACUGUUAUUACUGGAAUAGCAAUCGAAGCAACCGGAACCGAUCGAGUGCAUGUGGUUGCUCGUAAAGAUACCCGACGUUUCCGGUAUCGUACAAGCAUUAUUGUUGGCAAUAUACUCCGCUAUUUUGAUGUGAUGAGAAUUCAGCGAUUCAGAGGAGUAAUGGUUUAUGUGAACAAUGUAGAACGAGGUCAACCGGAAAUUUAUGUCGUUCUGGAAGAAGCACAAAUAGGAAUUCGUAUUCGUGAAUCAUAUAAUCUUGACAUUGAUCGUUUAUCAAUGUAUCAAGAAAGUAUGGGUUUACUUGAUAUUGAACUUAGUGUACCUCCACAGUACGGUGUGCGUCCUGACGGUGAUAAGGCUCGAGAGCAAGAUAUGCGUACACGAUAUAAUUUUCCUCGUGUAUCCGGUCUUAUGCGACCAUUUCCAGAUCAAACGUCUGCUUCCUAUUUAUCUGGUCUAAGCUUGAGUGAUGUUAAUGCAGAAGGAAUCCGUCAGCAAAUUAUUUCAAAUUAUCUUAUUCCGGGUACCGGUGAUUCCAGACAAACGAUGGGUACAUUAAAUCAGAAUAUACCAACCGAUAAUAUGUUCACGACUAGUCAGGAUAUUGAUAAGAAAUUCGAAGUAUUUCCUGAAGUUUACAUAAAAAGUGAACCCAUAUAUAAAACUUCUGCAGAAUAUGAAACUGGUAGAUAUCGUUUUGUACCAAUGACAGGCCAAAUGCUUAGCCAACGAUUGCAAACAUGUCGUGAUCUUCAGCUUAGUGAUCGAACAAAUUGGCAACCACUACAAAAUUUAUACGAGCAACAAUACGGUAUUGAUUAUUGUCCGGAUAAUCCCAGCCAAAUAAUUCAAGAAUGUGGUGAUUCUGUGUCAUGCCUUAAUGAUUAUAUGUUAUUUAAUGCUCGAUUGCUUGGAAUGGAAGCACAAAACAAUUGGAAUUCAUUUUCAAAUGAUAGAAUGCAUGCUUCAAGACAUUAUAAUAGUUGUGGACCGAUUAUGAUAGAAUAUCCAGAAUAUUUGAUGAAAACACCGGUGCUAUCAUCCGGUUAUCUGGAAGGUGAUGUGGCACGCUUUGAUUGCUUUCAAACACAUUGGAUUAAAGGCGAUUAUGAAUACAAAUGCGGUAUUGUUGUAGACUACAACGAUCCGCAUAGUUAUCGAUUUGAAUGGAACAAAGGAUCACAACCAUGGUGUCGUUCGCGUGAAAAAGACAAUUUAUUCAAAUGGCUUACUGGAAUAUUUUCAACCAUUGGUAUAAUUAUGGCAAUUGUCUUUAUAUUUUUGUGUUGUUGGACUUUGAAACAGAAAAGGAGACAUCAAGCGGAGGAGAAAAUUUCGUCGCUAUACAAAGUACCAAUUCGAGGUUCCAUGUCUUCGGAAACUAGGCCAUUCACAAAAGCACGAACAGAUUCGAUGUCAAGCGAAACAAAUGGUAUGUACCAUGGUAACGAGCACGACUCGCAGUAUCGUGGAGGACCAAUUGGUGGUACUGUUCCGAUCGUAGUUGAUGGUAGUGGUGGUUAUCGCGGUGAAACAAACGGACAGUACCGUGCUGUCGAUGCUAUUGCACCGUAUCCUGAGCAGUAUCAUGAAUCGGUACCAAAUUUGUCCAGGAGACCAUCGAGUCCAGUUAAGACAACUGUCAUACGGAAUAACAAGACAGUUCCAGCUGGGCCACAGUCGACAUCAUCAACGCCACCAGUACCAGUGCAUUCUAGGAUUAUCGGUGAACAAAAUGGAAGUGAUCAUACCCAACUUUUGGGUCUUAAUACCAGUGUCUGA